GCUCAUCCCACACCUGCUCCUCUCAGCUCUCCCCUCCAGCCCUCAGCUCCUUCUCCCUGCCUGUCUUCAGGAACCAGGACAACCAGGUCCACCAUGAGUAGCCAAAGCAGAAGCCAAUGCGGCUUCAGUGCCAGCUCAGCCAGAGUCCCCGGGGUCUGCCGCUCCGGCUUCAGUAGCAUGUCCGUAUCCAGAUCCAGGGGCAGCGGUGGCCUCGGUGGAGCGUGCGGGGGAGCUGGCUUUGGGAGCCGCAGCCUCUACAGCCUGGGGGGCUCCAGGAGGAUCUCCACUGGCGUGGGCAGCUGUGCCAUCAGUGGCGGAUAUGGUGGCAGAGCUGUGGGCGGCUAUGGCUUUGCAGGUGGAGUCGGGAGCGGAUACGGUUUCGGCGGUGGAGCAGGUGGUGGCUUUGGGCUCGGGGGUGGCGCUGGAUUUGCUGGAGGCUAUGGGGGCCGUGGCUUCCCUGUGUGUCCCCCUGGAGGCAUCCAAGAGGUCACCAUCAACCAGAAUCUCCUCACUCCUCUGAACCUGCAAAUCGACCCCACCAUCCAGCGGGUGAGGACUGAGGAGCGGGAGCAGAUCAAGACCCUCAACAACAAGUUUGCCUCCUUCAUCGACAAGGUGCGGUUCCUGGAGCAGCAGAACAAGGUCCUGGACACCAAGUGGACCCUGCUGCAGGAGCAGGGCACCAAGACUGUGAGGCAGAACCUGGAGCCUCUGUUCGAACAGUACAUCAGCAACCUCAGGAGACAGCUGGACAGCAUCCUGGGGGAGCGAGGCCGCCUGGACUCGGAGCUGAGGAGCAUGCAGGACGUGGUGGAGGACUACAAGAACAAAUAUGAAGAUGAAAUCAACAAGCGCACAGCAGCAGAGAAUGAAUUUGUGACUCUGAAGAAGGAUGUGGAUGCUGCCUACAUGAAUAAGGUUGAACUGCAAGCCAAGGUAGACUCUCUGACAGAUGAGAUCAACUUCUUGAGAGCCUUCUAUGAAGCAGAACUGGCUCAGAUGCAAACCCACAUCUCAGACACGUCCGUGGUCCUGUCCAUGGACAACAACCGCAACCUGGACCUGGACAGCAUCAUCGCCGAGGUCAAGGCCCAGUACGAGGAGAUCGCCCAGAGGAGCCGGGCUGAGGCUGAGUCCUGGUACCAGACCAAGUAUGAGGAGCUGCAGGUCACAGCUGGCAGACACGGGGAUGACCUGCGCAACACCAAGCAGGAGAUUUCCGAGCUCAACCGCAUGAUCCAGAGGCUGAGAUCCGAGAUCGACCACGUCAAGAAACAGUGCGCCAACCUGCAGGCCGCCAUUGCUGAUGCUGAGCAGCGUGGAGAGAUGGCCCUCAAGGAUGCCAAGAAUAAGCUGGCUGACCUGGAGGACGCCCUGCAGAAGGCCAAGCAGGACAUGGCGCGGCUGCUGAAGGACUACCAGGAGCUGAUGAACGUCAAGCUGGCCCUGGACGUGGAGAUCGCCACCUACAGAAAGCUGCUGGAGGGCGAGGAGUGCAGGCUGAACGGGGAAGGCGUCGGACAAGUCAACAUCUCCGUGGUGCAGUCCACCGUCUCCAGUGGCUACGGCAGCGCCAGUGGCGCCGGCAGCGGCCUGGGUGUGGGCGGAGGCAUGGGCUACUCCUAUGGCAGCGGUCCCAGCCUCGGAGGUGGCUUCAGUACUGGCAGUGGCAGAGGCCUCGGGGGUGGCCUGAGCUCCACUGGAGGCAGCAGCUCCACCAUCAAAUACACCACCUCAUCCUCCAGCAGGAAGAGCUACCAGCACUGAUGUCCUGCCGUCACCUCUUGGUCCAAUGUCAUCCCCAGCAACAGCUGCACUUCCCCCUCCUCAGGUUCCUCCUUCUCUCCUGUCUCAGAUUCCUCUUCCUCCCUGCACUAGAACGCAACUUGCUGAGCCCUGAUUUCCCCUGUCUGUCCAUACCUGCUCCACCUGAACCUCCAUGGCUCACCGCCAGCAGGUCACUGAGGGGUCCUACUCCAGAGCAGGGAGCUUCCCCUCGCUUCCUCUGGCCCAGGACCCCUCCAUGCUUCGAUGCGAGCUUCUUCCCUGCAGUCGCCAUGAAAGCGCAGGUGACUGGUUCUGGGAGGUGUGAGGCCUCUACCCCACGAUGUUUGCUCUUUGCUCUCUAAUUGCUAAAUAAAGCAGAUUUAUAAUGUAA